ACGAUUUGCGCGUAAUAUUAUAAUAAGCAUGAUAAUUUAUUUUUCUAUAAACGGAAAAGUAACUAGUUGACAUGUCUUCUUUAUUGAAAGAAAACAAAUUUAACUGCCGAGUUAGUUCAGUGCUAAAUAAGAAUGUUCAAUCUUAUGGAAAGAUGUACAUGUUUGAUAAUUCCAAUGAAACGUGUUGGAACUCUGAUGCAGGAAGUCCACAAUGGAUUAUAAUCAAUUUUGAAGAAGAAUGCAAUAUUUCUAGUUUUGAAAUAGAAUUCCAAGGUGGAUUUGCUGGAAAAGAUUGCCAUGUAGAGGCUGGCAAUGAUGGAAAAGACAUAACAAUUGUGGAAGCAUUUUAUCCAGAUGAUACCAAUAAAGUACAACGAUUCAAUUUAAAGAAUCAGAUUAAAGCCAAGACUUUUAAAUUCGUAUUUAAUCAAAGUACUGAUUUGUUUGGCAGGAUUAUUAUAUACAAUUUGUCAUUAUACUCGUGAUAUUAAAUAUUUAGUAUUUUUAUAAUAGUAUAUACGAUGCAAAAGAUGUUCACAAAAAUAUUACAUUUUACAGGCAGAUCUAUUUUAUUUAAUUCUGCAAUAUA